AUGUCCCGUCCACUUUCCCCCUCGGCCUCUCUUCCUCCAGAUGACCCAAUUCCGUCAUAUGGAGCGACAGGAUAUGAGGAGAGAUCUAUGAAGAAGUCCCUGCUGGGACGGGUGGAACGAUCGCAUCGCAGUUGGCCGGGGAUCAGAAAGAUCCCGCUUCCUGCCAUUGGGAUCAUAGCUCUCAUCGCGAUAGUCAAUGUUGUCGUGUGGAUUGCUGCAGCCAUUGUCUUGCAUUACUACACUUCCUUGGUCUCUACUGCUGCCAUCUCAUACUCCCUUGGUCUGAGACACGCCCUCGAUGCGGACCAUAUCUCGGCGAUUGAUUUGAUGACGAGAAGGCUGCUCGCCACUGGACAGAUGCCCGUCACCGUUGGGACUUUCUUUUCGUUGGGCCAUUCCACCAUUGUCAUUAUCACCUCUAUUGUCGUGGCAGCCACUGCUGCUGCAGUAUCCUCGCGGUUCGACAGUUUCAGCACCAUCGGCGGUAUCAUCGGCAGCUCCGUCAGCGCCGCCUUUCUCAUCCUGCUGGGUAUCAUGAAUGCGUACAUCCUCUACAAGCUGUUUAAACAGAUGCAAAAGGUUCUGAAUCUGGGAGAAGGAGAGGAAGACGAGGCAUGGAAGAUUGAGGGAGGCGGGAUCCUUUUUUCUUUGCUAAAGAAGAUGUUCCGGCUGAUUGAUCGGCCCUGGAAAAUGUAUCCGUUGGGCGUGCUCUUCGGUCUCGGAUUCGAUACAUCUUCGGAAAUUGCACUGCUUGGAAUCUCUUCCAUUCAGGCAGCAAAGGGUACCGAUUUCUGGGUGAUCUUGAUCUUCCCUAUUCUCUUCACUGCGGGCAUGUGCCUCAUCGACACCAUGGACGGUGCUCUCAUGCUGUCUCUAUACGUCCAGCCUGCCGCAAACUUCCUUCCUAAAGCACGGAGAUCCGACUCUGUAGGAUCGUCCGACGUUAUCGACGUUCAUACAGAGGGGCCAAAUCAUUCCGCCAAUCCUCGCGAUCCAGUGGCUUUUCUAUAUUACUCCAUUGUCCUCACUACCCUUACCGUUAUCGUCGCCAUUGUUAUUGGUGUUAUACAGCUGCUCACCAUGAUUCAAAACGUGGCGGAGCCGAAAGGUAAGUUUUGGGACGGUGUCGAGACGGCAGGAGACUAUUACGAUGUGAUUGGCGGUUCUAUCUGCGGAUUGUUCCUUAUAUGUGGCCUACUGAGCGUGGCCCUCUACAAACCGUGGAGAAGAUGGUUUGGCAAGCGACAUGGCCAAGCUGACAUUGUGGACGAAGAGGGGUCAUUGGAUGGCGAUGCGGGUGGUAUCAGUAGGGUCGGUGGAGAGAUCUCUACUACAACUACAGCCGGGGGGAAUCUGCAGGAAGGUUCGGCAGCUGCAGAUGCUGUUGGGAAGGGAUCUGCAACGCAAGUCUCUGUGAAAGCUGCCAAGGGCGACCAGAGUGAUCCGUUGAUACCUGAAGUGUAA